CUGUUUUCACCCUGAUGUGAACAGAAGGAGGGAGCGAGAGAGUGAGUAUAAAAGCAGCAGCUGCAGAAUGAACUCCACAACCAACAACAGAGCCAAGAAGAUCUCCAAAACUACACAACUCUACACAACUAAAACUAUCCCGAGACGACCAGAAAAUGGAAGCAGAUAAGCAGAAAGUACAGUGUGAGAAGGUUCAGGUCACAGACAGUGAUCUGUCUGAGCAGAUAAAGGCCGUGACUAAAGAAAGCCACGUCCGAGCCGAGAACACACAACUGAUGCUGAGCUUCCAGAAAGCGAACAUCAGCCUGCAGCAGUAUAAGCUCCUGCUGUGCUCCUUGUAUAAGAUCUACGAAGCUUUAGAAGAGGAACUGGACAGGAACGCAUCUCAUGAAAGUGUGGCACCAAUUUACUUUCCUCAGGAACUGGGCAGGAUGGAGGCCCUCAAGAAAGAUCUGGAGCACUGUUAUGGACAGGACUGGAGAGAGAAGAUGAUCGUACCGUCUGCUACGCUGAGAUACGCUCAGGGGUUGAGAGAGAUUGGCAGCGAGCAUCCUGAACGCCUCGUGGCUCACGCUUACACUCGCUACCUGGGUGACCUGUCAGGUGGCCAGGUGUUGGGCCGUAUUACCCAGAAGGCUUUAGGACUGAAGAACGGGGAGGGUUUGGCGUUCUUCACGUUUCCUGCCGUCAGCAGCCCGAAUCUGUUCAAGCAGCUGUACAGAAGCAGGAUGAACAGCAUCGAGCUGACAGAGACGCAGAGAGAGGGAGUGCUGGAGGAAGCUGUCAGAGCCUUCGAGUACAACAUCCAGGUUUUUGAUGAUCUCCAGAACUUGGUGAGCAUCUCUGAGAAGAAUGAACUGAGGCAGAGAAACAAAACACACAACCACGAGACACCAGAUGUCAGAGUGAAUCAGAGCUCAGCGCUGUCCUCCUCACUGACAUCCCCUUCUCAGCUGCUCAGGAUGCUCCUCGGUGUGUGUUUCGCUCUGGCAGUCGGAAUGGGAAUGUAUGCGCUUUAAAGACUGUGAUAUGCAAACGGAUAUAUAGUGACGAGUCGAGGCAAAAUUCCCUGAUCAGGAAAAAUCUCUGUAUACGUCCAGAAUGCACUUUUAAUUUGAAUACUGUCUAAUUAUUUAUAUGUUUUAUAACAAUUACAUGUUUACUUUGAGACUGGAUUAUCUGAUGCCAUAUGCUAAAUGUAGCAAGUAUGUGUGUGUGUGUGUGUGUGUGUGUGUGUGUGAGAGAGAGAGAGAGAGAGAGAGAGAGAGAGAGAGAGAGAGAGAGAGAGAGACUAUGUGUAACUUUUAAUGUACUUUCCGAAAUUACAGAAAUGUACAAUAUCUGUAUAUACUUGUAAAUAAACAAACAUUUUUAAAAUAAAACACUGAAGCAAAUUUAAA